UUAGACAAAACUCUCUUCUUUAAACUUCCAAUAAUGAUUUGAUAAAGGCAAACAUCAUUACUCUCUAUGACUAUUCCAACUAUAAAUACAAACUCCAUCUAUAUGUAGUCUCUACAUAUUCAAUUCCAAAAACAAGUGAUUCGUUCCAUGGGAGAGGAGGCAACUAACACCAUGGUGGGUGUAGGCUUAUUAUCAUCAUCAUCACCACCACCACCAUCGAAGCCGCACUUCGUGCUAGUCCAUGGAAUUGGUGGAGGAAGCUGGUGCUGGUACAAAAUCCGGUGUCUUAUGGAGAAUUCCGGCUAUAAGGUGUCCUGUAUUGACCUCAAAGGAGCAGGAAUUGAUCAGGCAGAUGCCAAUUCUAUUCUUUCUUUUGAUGACUACAAUAAGCCUCUUUUGGACUUUAUGUCUUCGUUGCCUGAUAAUGAGCAGGUGAUAAUGGUAGGUCACAGUGCAGGAGGGCUAAGUGUAACGCAGGCAAGUCUCAAGUUCGCAAAGAAGAUCAGGCUAGCAGUUUAUUUGGGUGCUACUAUGCUCAAGUUGGGUUUCUGGACGGAUCAGGACAUUCAACAUGGUGUUCCUGAUCUAUCCUCAUUUGGUGAGGUUUAUGAGCUAGGAUUUGGAUUAGGAUGUGAUAAGCCUCCUACAUCUGCCAUUAUCAAGAAACAAUUCCAACGGCAAAUCAUCUAUCAAAUGAGCCCACAAGAGGAUUCUACCCUAGCUUCAAUGUUGCUGAGGCCGGGACCUGUCCUAGCAUUACAGUCAGCCCAGUUCAAGGAUGAUGAAGAAGAUGAGGCCAUAGAUAAGGUGAAGAGAAUAUACAUUAAGACCAGACACGAUCAUGUGAUAAAACCUCAGCAACAAGAUGCGAUGAUAAAGAGGUGGCCACCGUCUGAGGUUUAUGUUCUGGAUAGUGAUCACAGCCCAUUCUUUUCCUCUCCAUUUGCUCUCUUUGGUUUGCUUGUAAAGGCAGCAGCAUCUGUUGGAUACAGUUAACUUAGAAUAUAGUAUAGGACAACCAUAGAAUCUGGUUCUUGUUUAUGAUUUGAUUGAAUAAAACUCAUCUGCAAAAUGUACCGUUAUCAAUUAUUCUUGAUUUGUUCCAUAAUUUAAUUGUUUUAGCAAUAUAUAUAAUUCUAAUUGAUAAUUGAACC